AUGAGCAGUCUCUCCAUCUUGCAUCUGCUCCUGCUCCUGCUUGCACUCCAUGCCCCUCAGGCAAAGGGGUUGCCUGUCAUGACAUCGAGGUCUGGAUAUUCUGUCUUGAUGAAGGAAAUUAUGAAUGACCUAGAGAAAAUAACUACGACUCCAACAGACUCCUUGAGCUCAGAUGAGAAGAAUUUCCUGACGAAAGAGAGCCUUCUGCAGAAAAACCUGAAAGUAUUCAUGACAUUUGCCACAGAUACUUUUGGAAAUGAUUCAAAAAUCAUGAAAAAUCUUAAGGAAUUCCAGCCAGUGCUGCCCACAGCCACAUCCACGGAAAAUCCAAUUUUUAUUGAGAAAAACAAGUUGGGGGAUUUUCGGAUGAAAUUGGAAGAAUAUUUGGCUAUCAUUAGAAACUAUCUGAAGUCCAAGAACCUGUGGUUUCCCUAA